AUGGCUCAAAUUUUGACCCAACCUGCGUCUUCUUCUUUCAAACUCUCCAACUCAACCCUGAGAGUAAACGAACAAGUCAUAAUGUCCCAAGUGCCCGACAACAUCACCAUCAUUCCAUGCACCUACUCGCCCACCACCGGUUCCUUCAUCGUUGUCAAGACCACCUCACCAAAUUCCCACCAUGUGGCGACCUUAGGCAAGCUCCAACCCGCAACCUUCGUCUCCAUCUACCGCUUCCAGAAGUGGCGGAACGCGGUCUGGACCGGCUCAAACGGCAGCCACGUCCAAACCGAAACCCAUUUUCUCCUGCUCCAAUCCAACCCGAGCCGACUUUACGUUCUUUUUCUCCCCAUCGUCACGCUGCAGCCCGGCCCAGACGACAAAGUCUCGGUUUGCUUGGAGAGCGAAUCUAGCCACGUGACGACUUCCUCGUGCGAGAGCGUGGUUUACCUUCACGCCGGGGAGAACCCUUACACUGUGGUGGAGGAAGCCGCGCGCGUGCUGAGAGAUCACCUGGGAACCUUCAAGCUCCUCGAAGAGAAAACUGAUAAACAUAGAAUAUACGAUUACAAAUACCACGUCCGCAAAGGGGUGGCGGGGUUGGUUGAAGGAGGGUGUCCUCCGGGGUUUGUUUUGUUGGAGAAUGGGGUGCAGUGUAUGAGGCCCAUUGAAGUGUUAGUGAGGGCGUUGAAGGAGGAGUUUUCAACGGUGGAGUGUGUGUUCGCCUGGCACGCGCUUAGCGAGUAUUGGAAAAGGGAUGGUGGAAUGUCUGAGAUUGAGAAGCUUCACUCUCAGUUAGAGGCUCACGGAAUCGAUGGGGUUAAGGUUCAUCUCCUCCCUGUAAGUUCUCUCCUACUUUUAGUGUACCGAGUUCAUCUCCAACAUGUGUGUUCUGGUUGUGAAGUGAAGAUCAUGGCAUCUUCUAGCUACUCCAAUUCUCCAUGUGCAGCCUGCAAGUUUUUGAGGAGGAAGUGCAUGCCAGAUUGCAUUUUCGCCCCAUAUUUCCCUCCAGAGGAGCCUCAGAAGUUUGCCAAUGUGCACAAGAUCUUUGGUGCAAGCAACGUGAGCAAGCUCCUGAACGAGGUGCAACCCUAUCAGAGAGAGGAUGCUGUGAACUCUCUGGCCUAUGAAGCCGAAGCAAGGAUCAAAGAUCCAGUGUAUGGUUGUGUUGGUGCCAUUUCAGUGCUCCAAAGACAAGUCCUCAGGCUCCAAAAGGAACUUGAUGCUACAAACGCUGAUCUGAUCCGCUAUAGCACUUGCAAUGAAAUGCCAAAUAGCAGCACCAGUCAUCAUGGAGGGAGAAGCAAGAUGAGUAGUGAUGAUGAUGGUGGUGGUGGUUCCUCACAUGGUUUAAGUUUCUAUUAUGCUUCUGCUAAUUGGAACAAUGAUCCUUACCCCAGAGGAGAUAUAUAA